ACACACACCUAAACAUCCACAUUCCAAUGUAAGGAACAAACACCCACUGAUGUAUAAAUAAAGGCCAGGGCAGUUUCAGAGCGCGUGUCACAGAGCCAUCACUCUCACUGUGGAUGCUCUGUGCUGCCCUUGUAUGCAAGUAAAACUGUGUUUCUCCUCUCUGAUUCUCAACUGAAGAAGUGUUUAAGAAUAAUUCUCCUGACAUUUGUUUUGGUCCUCCGAGCCGGAUCAGAAACAUCAGAACUGUUAUCUGUGACUCUGUUCCAGGAUCUGGCGGACUGAGUCCUGACGCCGUGGGAAGCCAGCACCGAAGUCUGUGCACAGCCCUCUUAGACGAGGCCGGAAAGUCCCGGACCGUAAAUUCGGAUUUGGGCCGGUGUUCCUGGUCUGUUCCACGGCAGUGGGAUUCAGUCUGACGAUCCGAACCACCAGUGAGUCGUCUGAGGGUUGAAGCCAGGUGAUUGGAUCCUUGUCCGAGUACUUCAAAGGAAAAAUUGGAGCUCGGCACGCUGGGAGGGUCCACACCAAGUGCUUCUGACCACUCCAACUGCCUGCAAAAUAGCAGAGAGGCCCUCCUGGAUAUAUCAGAGCCACUGCAAAAAGCUUGAGGUCCCAGAGGUUUCCACUUCCUCCACAGAAGUCAACCAGUAAAGGAAAGUUUCACCCUCGCUUGGUUGCUUCGGUGGUGAGGGGGGAGUGCUGAUUGGGCCCCUUUUAAGGUAAGCUCGCACUUCAACCUCUAGCCUCUGAUCAACUCUAGGGCAGCCAAGUGCAAGGUGUGACGGACCUGUGUCAGCCAUGGGAAGGUGGUCCCUCCUGGUUACCUUGACUACGACACUCACCCUUACAGGAUCCCAGCUGACGCCGACAACAGCUGAGCCACGAGGCAGACAGAAAAGAUGGACGCAUGAUAACUCCCACCUAAGAGACAUGACGCAAGAUCACAUCCACCCGUGGAUGAACAAUGCCUGGUACCGCUACAUCCACGACAGGAUUAAGGCAGAAUCAGCAAAUACAGACUGUUAUGUCUGUUCUCACAUGCCCAGCACGUCGACACACCCCACACUAUAUGGUGAAUAUAUGAACAAGACUCAAGCAAAGUGUGCAGCCAGCUUUGCUGGCAUUGGAUUCCAACACAGUUGAAUCAUCACUAACGAUACAAUUCCAUAUGCUGUUGGACUUAAUAAUGGUGCAUGUGAUCAACUCUUCUGGAUCGAUUUUAAUGUAACAAACCGGAAUGUAUCCAUCCACUUCCCAGUGUUCCUGGACCAACUCCAGGGGAAGAAUCACUCCAUGUGUUAUCAACAAGAGAAAGGCAACAGAUCCCUUGGAAACACCACAAACUGUGGCCAAACUGUAAUCCACGAAGAAGGCACCCCUGUGAAUAUGAGUGGACCUUCUAACGGCACGUACUGGGUGCAAGGAAUGGCCUGGUUAUGUGGACAACGGGCAUAUUUUAUACUGCCCCCAGGCUGGACAGGAACAUGUGCUCCUAUAUUCCUGUCAGACCACACUUUCAGGAUGACCGCAGUAAACACCACUUCUACAGCACGCCGGAAAGGAAGGUCAACUUUCCCUAAACUUCAAUCACAUGAUCCGAUAUGGGGAAGUGACGUACCCGAGGAAUUCAAAUUAUGGACUACUGGACAAAAAGUACUCCAUUCAUUAUUCCCUUGGGUGGGAACUGGAAAAAACAUGCUGAGGAUCGAAACUCUGGACUACCGUUUUGGACUCUUCUUGAACGCUUCAUGCAAGAUCAACGAACAGCAGAAUCAGGAAAUUGAUGCAUUACGGAUUGCAGUGAUGCAACAUCAGGUAGCUCUAGACAUGAUAUUAGCAGAGAAAGGGGGACUUUGUGUCCUUUUUAAUAACACCUGUUGCACAUAUAUACCAGACAAUGUACACUCAUCAAACAUGACUGAUGCUUUGAAUGUUUUGAGAGAGAUCCAGCAGGCUCAUAAUCAGGAUUAUGUAAAUGAUACAAGUAACUGGUUUUCUUGGCUUUACACUGGCUCCUGGUUACAGGUGCUAAGAAGACUCCUCAUCGGAGUUGGAGUAUUUUUAUUUUUAUUUUGUGUCUUUGUAACAUGUAUCCUGCCAUGUCUGAAACUCAUGAUUAACCGUAUAAUAUUUUCCACUGUUACUGCAUACAUAGCUGUGACAAAUGAUGAUAAUGACUCCGACCUGUUGGAACGUGAAGACUUUGUGUGAUUAAUGAUGAUGUGACAGAAAAUGUUCAACAAGAUGUUACAUACUGAUAUCUCACUUAAAAGUUAAACUGACAACAGGGGGGAAUGUUAAUAGAAUGUCAAACAUAAUGUCAGUAUUAUCUUUUAAUUAUAUAGGUUUACUUAUGGUAGAGUGCUGCAUGUAAUCAUUUGUGUUUAGAAGUAUGUAGUUGAUAGUAUCCUGAAGGAAUGUCUCAUCCUAGGAAGCUUGUGUAUUCCAGAGUGUUCUGGUUUUCACA